AAUUUGGUAUUUUAAUAAAUGUCAUUUUAAUCAAGUAAUUCACUCAAUUGAUUUAAUUUCUAAUUAUUUAUUAUCAGUAAAAAAAUAAUCAAAAUAAACUCUUUCCAAAAACAACAAAUGAGCUGACCAUUGAAAUAUUUUUUUAAUAAAAAUUACGUCAUACCAUAUUUAUUUAAAAUAAAAUGGACCAGAUAGAAAAUGUAGGUAAUACGGAUUAUCCAGAAUAUCCUGUAUUACGUUUAGCAAAUCCAAUACCAGGUCAUCAAUAUCCAAAUAACGAUAACGAUAAUAACAUGUAUUUUCAACAUGAUAAUGAUAAUUUUGAAACGACCACAAUUAGUAAUAAUAAAACGAGCAGCAAUAAUAUGACAACAAAGAAUACGACAUCCAAUGUUACAAAUUUAACAGGUACAUUAACAAAUUCUCAUCCGUUAAUGUAUUCACCGUCGUCACCAGAUCAAGAGUAUCCCGAUUUAAUACCAGAAAAGAAACCAACGAAACAUUCACACAAAAAUUCGUAUGGUAAUAAAAGUUCGAAUACAAAAUUUAUGUUUAAACCACAAGCGCAUAGUAGUGUUUUUAAUUUACAUAUGGAAAAUUCACCGAACGUGUUAAGUUAUUCAACGGAUACACCGAAUAAUAGUGUUGCAAUGGAGAAUGCCAGUGGUGAUUUUCAACGACGCAUAAUUAAAAAGAGUAUUUCAUCAUCCGAUUCGUCUGAUAGUGAAAACGACGUAUCAUCAUAUAAGGCAACGUUAAGUCCUAAUUUACAAAAUGUUAGUUUAACAAUGAACGAAACACAAAAAUCAAAAGAAGUUGAAGCUCCAAUAUACCGUAGACGACGUAUAAGUCUUUUACCAAAUAUGACCGCUGGCGAAGACAGUGGUGAUGAUUCCGAUGACGUAUCAAGUAUUGAAAGUAUUGAUAGUGCAAAAUUAAAAUCACAAGUGAUACAAGAUUUAUUAGAAAGUUCCGAAGAUAUUAUUGACCCAACGCAAAUUGUAUUUAAAGAACGGAGUGUGACAGAAUGUAAUGUACUACAACAGCAGGAGGAAAUUCAAGAGUAUUCAGCUGAUGAAGAACGUAGAGAUAGUCGACAUUGGCAAAAGAUUGUAUUACCAAAUGGGGAACAGCAUAAUAUUGAUAUGAAAGUUAUUGAACCGUACAAAAGGAUUUUAUCACAUGGUGGUUACUUAAAGGCUGGCGGACAUAAUGCAAUUGUUGUGUUCUCCGCUUGUUUUCUACCAGAUAAAUCACGCAGCGAUUAUGAUUAUGUUAUGAAUAAUUUAUUUUUAUAUGUAUUGGCAACGCUUGAUCAACUUGUAACUGAAGAUUAUGUACUUGUUUAUUUACAUGGAGGUGCAGCAAAAAGUAGUAGGCCAUCAUUUACAUGGAUAAAGAAAUGUUACCAAUUGGUUGAUAGGAAAUUACGAAAAAAUUUAAAAAGACUUUAUAUUGUUCAUCCCACUAUUUGGGUCCGAACGUUAUUAUUAGUUUCCAAACCAUUUAUAAGUUCAAAAUUUUACAAGAAAAUAAAUUACGUAAAUAGUUUAACUCAACUUGCGGAAGAUUUACCAAUAGAACAGGCAGCAAUACCAGAUAAAGUGAAAAAUUAUGAGAAGGCAAAAUUUAGUUGUUGAAAUA